GCCUUCCCGGAUUGGGCCUAUAAGCCGGAGUCGAGUCCCGGUUCCCGUCAGAUCCAGCUCUGGCACUUUAUCCUGGAGUUGCUGCGGAAGGAAGAGUACCAUGACGUCAUCGCCUGGCAAGGGGACUACGGCGAGUUUGUCAUCAAGGACCCCGACGAAGUGGCCCGGCUCUGGGGGGUGAGGAAAUGCAAGCCUCAGAUGAACUACGACAAGCUGAGCCGGGCUCUGAGAUAUUACUACAACAAGCGGAUCCUGCACAAGACCAAAGGGAAACGUUUCACCUACAAGUUCAACUUUAACAAAUUGGUGCUGGUCAACUACCCUUUCAUUGAUAUGGGCAUGGCAGGUGGGGCCGUGCCCCAAAGUGCCCCACCUGUGCCCUCGGGUGGGUCACACUUCCGCUUUCCCCCUUCCACCCCAUCUGAUAUCUUGUCACCGGCCGAGGAUCUGCGUUCGCCUGGGGUCUUCUCCGCCGUGGCUCGCCGCCUCGCUCGGGGCUCGGUCAGCGACUGCAGCGACGGCACCUCAGCCAAUUCAGAAGUCGAGGAAUCGUUGGCCGAAGAGCAGCGGCGUGGUGGUGGAGGAGAGGCAGGUGGAUUCCGUGGUCCCCCCUUGCCCGGCCAUCCACGUUUGACCCACGACACCCUCUUUAGGAUCUAUCCUCGCCCGCGGGUUCCUGAGCCUCUCAGCCCCUUCCCCGGGUCCCCCAUGGCUGGGCCUGCUGCUCUCCUGCCCCCCCAGAUGUCUCCUGCCCUGCCCCUCACCCCCACUCACAUGAAUUAUACUCCCUCGCCCACCCUCAGCCCCAUGUAUCCCAGCGGCUCCCACUUCUCCUUCAACCCGGAGGACAUGAAGCGCUACCUCCAAGCGCACACCCAGAGUGUGUACAACUACCAUCUCAGUCCCAGGGCCUUCCUCCACUACCCCAACAUUAUCAUCCCGCAGCCCCAGCGCCUGGAGAAGCCCCCUCUUCCCCCUCCGCCCCCACACGCUGAGGAGACCCCCAGCCCUUUCAAAUUCAAGCUGCAGCCGCCGCCGUUGGGGCGCCGCAACCGUGACAAGCAGCCUCCGCCAGCUCCAGCUGUGCCCCCGGGAGACUCCAGCAGCGGUCUCCCUGCCUCCUCCUCCUCCUCCUCUUCUGCAGCUGCUCCGGAGCCCCUCGUCCCCCAGAUCAAAGUGGAACCCAUCUCGGAAGGAGAGUCUGAGGAAGACCUCACGGUGGAGGUCACCGAUAUCAGCGAGGAUGACGAGGAGGUCUUUAAGGCCCCUUCAGUCCCCCUGGAGAAGAUCGAAAAUGGGGAGACUUCAGCCCUGGCGCCCCCCGUUUCUCGGGCCGGGGAUAGCGGCAAAUGCAUUCCCCUCAAAUUACGUUUCAAACGCCGCUGGAGUGAGGAUCAGCGGCUGGAAGCCGGCGGGACAGGCGACGAAACAGACGACAAGAAAGUGAAGGGUGAGGAGGAUGCUGUUGGUCACGGGGACGCAGUGGGAGGCCGACGGAUCAGCACGGAGCUGCAGCAGGCCACAGCAGAGCUGACCCUUGAGAAUCGGGACUGCUAG